AGCACCACAUCACAACGCAUUGCACUGUCUAGCACUAAUGAAAUAUUAGAUUUAAAAGUAGACAAUUGCCUGUGAUCAGGGUCAUAAAAGUUUUCAGUACAGUUGGUUCUGCUAUAAUUCAUGUUCUGGCAACACGAACUGGCUGUAACGCGAUUGAGGAAUAGGGGAAUGCUAUUUCUAAAACAUGAACUUGUGUUGGCUAUAGCGCGAUCCCAUCAGUGUGCGGAGGAGGACGUGUCGAUAUCACAUGAUCGUUUCACGGGCUUUGUCGUGAAGUGCUUUCUGUGAGACGUGCAGUACAACCUUCUCCCCCAUAAAGACAUCUUGACAAUUAUUCCCAAGAAUCAUUCACCAUGAAAAACAAGUGGAAGUAGACAGCAGCUGAAAUGCGAUCCAUUAGAUAUCUCCAUGCGUGAAUAUAUUUUCCACAAUGUACUCAGGAUAACCUCCUUAUAAGAGAGCACAAGCAAGAUUUUAGUCUGCAUGAAAGUGCACCAUAUAAAAUCGCAAUGGAUGAGUACACCACAAGAACUUAUGGGACUAGUGUGCAAGACAACAGGCCUUUGUUUGGAGAGACAUCAGCAAGGGAUCGAAUCAUCAACAUUGUUGUUGGUGUCCUCACAUCUUUACUAUUACUAGUAACGAUUAUUAGUGCUUUUGUUUUCCCACAAUUACCUCCAAAACCACUGAAUGUUUUCUUUGUUGUCUGCAUCUUGCUGACUUGCGCCUCCAUUGGUGUUCUUAUUUUCUGGUAUCGCCAAGGUGACUUGGAACCUAAAUUUCGGAAUCUAAUCUACUACAAUUUAUUUUCCAUCCUUUUGCUGUGCAUAUGUGCCAACUUAUACUUCCAUGAUGUUGGUAAAUGACUUUUCAGUAUCCGCUCCAAUUCACUUGCUGUCUAUCACGUGUUGAUAAAUGAAGAUGACAAAUGAAGUUCUCUACUGUAGAAAUGGAAUUUCUGGUUUGCACAGCAAGAAAAAAUGUUUUGUAAAUGUGAAGUGAAUUUCCUUACCAGCUUCGUAUUGUAAUACAGAACUUGAGGCGUACUGGAUGCAGACUCUUUCCUACAUGAGCUGGGAUUGAUGCCACAAACAUUAAUGCAAUUUGUUUUCCAAAAUACAUUUUAAGACUUGCACUAAAUGAACAUUCCAGACUUGCCAAGGUUUUGAGAUCACACACACUCUUUUUGUAAAGGAUGUUUUUCUCUCUCUCAUGCAAAUUGUUUUUUUAAUUAUAUAAAGCACUUGAAGGACAAAUGACAUGUUAAAGUACAACACAAAGUAGAAAUAAAGAUACUGCAGGACAAAUAUACUUUUAUUUUGUCUUAAGUAAUGAAAUAAUUGCACUAUGCAGCCACUUAACUACUGGAUUUUUACAAUAAAAUAGCCAAACCAAGCCUGUGAACCAAUACUAGACAAUACAACUGUAAGAAAGCAUUGACUUUGUUUUAAAGAAUAAAUAGUAAUAAAAUAAUUUAUAUACACUGAA